AUGGUUGCUAAUCUGACACCACGAUGGAGUUAUGUUCGCCCUGGACAGAAACUCACUUUUCUUGAUCCUUUUUCUUCUGAUUCUAGUCUACAAAAAUCUGAUGGAUCAAUUCAAGAAUAUCAGGAUACAUGUACAUUUAUUACACAGGAAUCACCGAUGCCUGAUCCGAAAGAACGACAAUUUAAUUCAUCUAAUUCUGCUGAUAACUGUUCUAAAGACUCUUCAUCUACUACAUGUGUUAACAGUCCAGAAUUCGCAACACCAUUAUUUAUAACAGAGAGAAAAUUUGACAAUUACAUUGAAAAGAUUAGACGACGAUUGCUAAGUCAAGAUUCAAUUGCACGUCGGAUUGAAGUUCAGAAAAUCAAGAUUCGAAAAGAUGUUGAUGUUGAAGAAGGAGAUUUCGGUUCGUCUUUGUCGCUUUUUGCUAAUGAUCAAAGUACAGUUGAGAGGCCAGACCCUUUGACUGCCAUCGUAGUUCGUUCUUUGGCUGAGAAAACUGAUCUUGCGCGUAUUUUGCCAGCCGAUCCUCAAUUUUAUUCACAAACGGUUGAGAAGCAAUUCCAGUCGUUCAGUGGUUCUACAGAUAUACCUGGUGAUUGGCUAACUAAACUUGAUUUAGCUUCCUUUGGGCUAUCCUCGGAUCAAGAAAACCAGUUGCGGCAACUUCUCUUCUAA